AUGAACGUUGACUUUCAAAACUGUUUGAUCUUAAUCCUCCUCUGCCUCCUUUCCUUCCUCUGUUACUCUUUCUUCUUCAAGAAACCAAAGGAUGGUUUCAAUUUGCCACCGAGCCCUCCCUCUCUACCGAUCAUUGGCCAUCUUCAUCAUCUCCUCUCUCUUUUUAUGCACAGAUCUUUGCAAAAACUCUCCUCCAAGUAUGGACCUCUCCUCUAUCUUCACGUCUUCAAUGUUCCCAUACUCCUUGUCUCGUCUCCCUCAAUAGCCUAUGAGAUCUUUAGGACACAAGACGUAAACGUUUCCUCGCGCGACUUUCCUACGAACGAAGGGUCUCUCCUCUUCGGAUCCUUUGGCUUCGGCACCGCACCUUCCUCGGGCCUCAAGCACUCGAGAGGUCACAAAAAGUCCGUGCAGAGGAGUUAUUACUUAAACCUAUUAGAUAAGGCGGUGAAGAAGGAGAGCGUUGAGAUUGCUGAGGAAGCUAUGAAGCUGGUCAACAAUACCGUUUGCCAGAUGAUUAUGGGGAGGAGUUGUUCAGAGGAAAACGGUGAAGCAGAGAGAGUCAGAGGCUUGGUGACCAAGACAGAUGCCUUGACGAAGAAGUUUAUCUUGGCAGGCAUCUUGCGGAAACCGCUUCAGAAGAUUGGGAUCUCACUGUUCAAAAAGGAGUUAAUGGAUGCUUCCUGCAAGUUCAACGAGGUGUUGGAGAAGAUUCUUGUAGAAUAUAAAGAGAAAGUUGAAGAGCAUCAUCAAGGUACUGACAUGAUGGAUAAGCUCUUAGAAGUUUAUGGAGACGAAAAAGCAGAGUAUAAGAUCACUAGAGACCAUAUCAAGUCCUUGUUUGUGGAUCUUUUCUUUGCAGGCACUGACACCUGGACGCACGCUAUACAAUGGAUUAUGGCCGAGAUCAUUAACAACUCGUACAUUCUUGAGAGAUUGAGAGAAGAAAUUGAUUCUGUUGUAGGAAAAACAAGGUUGAUUCAAGAAACUGAUCUACCGAACCUCCCGUGCUUGCAAGCAACCGUCAAAGAAGGGCUAAGGUUGCACCCUCCGGUUCCUCUUGUGUUAAGAACGUUUAAAGAAGGGUGUACGAUUGGAGGCUUUUAUGUUCCGGAGAAGACAACACUUGUUGUUAAUGGGUAUGCUAUGAUGAGAGAUCCUGAAUACUGGGAAGAUCCUCAAGAAUUUAAGCCAGAGAGAUUUCUAGCUUCUUCAAGAUCAAGCCAAAAUGAUGAGAUAAGAGACGAACUCCUAAAAUACCUUCCUUUCGGGAAUGGAAGAAGAGCCUGUCCAGGAGCUAACCUAGCUUAUAUCUCUGUAGGAACCGCGAUUGGAGUGAUGGUUCAGUGCUUUGACUGGGAGAUCAAAGGAGAUAAGAUCAACAUGGAUGAGGCUCCUGGAAAAAUAACGUUGACCAUGGCUCAUCCUCUUAACUGCACUCUUGUUCCUCGAACCCUAAUCCCUGUUACUUCAACUGUACAGAUUCCUAGUUCUUGACAUUCUGCCUUUGUUUUUAAUCUCCUGGUUAAUUGGCUACCUUUGAUUUAGUUCGGUUUGCUUUAUCU